AUGAAGCACAAAGAGCUGACACAGGACCAUCGGGUGCUCCGUGCACCGAUCUGUCUGUCUGUCAGUGGAAAACUGGGGGAGCUGAGCACCAGGACAGCCAUACGGGAGAAACAAGUGGGCUCUGUCCAGCCGGAUGGGACAGAUGGAAACUGUGUCACGUUUGUGUUGCAUGAUGAGGACCACACUCUCGGCAACUCCCUCCGGUACAUGGUCAUGAAGAACCCUGAUGUGGAGUUCUGUGGCUACUGCAUCACGCACCCCUCUGAAAGCAAGAUCAACUUCCGGAUCCAGACCAGAGGGGCCCUUCCUGCUGUUGAGCCGUUCCGGAAAGGGCUGAACGACCUGAUGGGUGUUUGCCAACACGUGCUCAACACCUUUGAGAGGAGCAUGAAGGAGUACAGGGCCCAGAGGGAAGAAGAGAUGCAGUAGCGUUUGGGGGUGGCAGUCCCCAUGGAUGUGUGUAAUGUCUGUGUGUUGAAUUCCCUGUGUCAAGAGUUUUUGUUUGGUUGGUUUUUUAUGACCACUUUGAUGCAAACCUGUAUUUUUCUCUAAUAAUAAAGUUUAUGAAGUGUGAUGC